GAAAUUAUAAAAACCUGAUACAACUUAACAUGAUUUAGAUGAACCUGGUGAAUUAUCUAAAAGCUAAUUUUCAUUUUUUUCAACCGUUCCUCCAAAAAAUUGAUUGUUUCUUCUCUCCCAAUUUCAGGCUAUUCCUUCUUCUCCACAAUCAUUACACACAAAAGCCAACACAGAACAGAACACUCGGUCUCUUCUACUCCAUACAACAAACGCAUCAGGCUUCCUCCUUUACCCCUCAUUGCGCUCAAACGCUGGCGAAGAUUCCGGCGAGCCUCGUCACGGCCACUGUGCGCCUGCUCAGAAUAGCUUGCUCCUCCAUCCCUUUCUCUCUCGCGCUCAACGCAACACUUAAACUCUAAGCUGUCAUUUCCGGAGAUCCCACCGUUGCCUGCAUCGACGGGCCACUACUGCGUGCUCCACCACUGCCAAACCCUCGUGAACCAGGUCUUCAGCGUCGAGAGAUGCCACGCCUCGUCCACCAUCAGCGUCGACAAAACCGCCGCGCGACAGUCGCUGGCCAUUCCUUCUCCGUAGUAGCCGCCGCGAGCACCUCCUUGUGGCGCCUCAGCUAGGGUUCGAAAUACAGCGUGUUUGCUCGGCCCGGAUUCACUUCCGUUCUUCUCCGCUCUAGAUUUCGCUCUUCGCCACUGCUCAGCUCUCGAAUUAACUUUUGUCAGCUCAAGAAGAGGGAUAUUUGUUGUUGUCUUUAUUCCAAACAUGAUUCAACAAUUAUUUGUCCUGGAGAAGGUGAGAAAACUAGGCAGUAUCAAUCAUUGCUAUCAUCAUUUUUUUUUUCUUUGUCUUGAAUCUUAAUCACAUUAGCUUACAAUUUCAUUGUGACAUGUGGUGACUACUUCAUUUUUAAGGAUUCCAUGGACAUACUAAGAAUUUUCCAUCAACAUUGAGGUUGGUACUUUUAGUCAUGGCUGCAACAUGUGGACUAUACAUUUGUUCAGUUAAUUUAGAGAAACCAAUAAGAGUUUGUGUAAAUACCAAGUUAUUGGAAAAGAGAGUCAUCAACACUCAUGUCAUAUUUCUAGUGUAGAAGAAUGGAAAGCACCCUACUUGCACUACUCACAACCUAUCAGAUUUUUUUGCAUACUGACAAUGCAAAUAUCAAUGUUAGUGGAUGGUUUGAGACCUUGUUGAAGAGUUAUGGGCUUCAAGUGGAUGCUUAAUCAGGUAAUUGAAGAGUGUUUCAAUAUCAUGAACCAUCAUGAUUUGGGUCGCCAAAUGAUGAUCAUUUUGUUGCUGAAGGAAGAGAUUAAUAUAUAUUAAUAAGAAAAAGAAUACUUUGACACGGCCAAAGUAUUUGACAUUCAAAUGACACGGGAUGGGGCCCAAAUUUGGUGAAUGUACAGAAGGGUAAUAUUGUCAUUUACCCCUCUAAAUGAAACGUUGCGUUUUAUUUAUGGUGUUCUCUGUACUCAGUUUUGCAGUUUGUCUAAUUUCACAUUUUGGAAGAGCUCUUCGUGCUUUGCUAGGGUUGGGGGUGAUAGAGAAGCGGAGAAGUGGAAGAGCGUGCUGUGGUAGGGUUCGGUUGAUAGAGAAGACGAGACUCCAUGGGUGCCACUUAAUCGGAUGGUGUGGCUGCACUUGUUCCUAAAGGUGAUGUUGAUGGUGAAAUGGGUGAUGCUCACAUGAAUUGAUGAGUCAGGCACUUAGAAAAUUUAGGCAUGCCUUAUCACAGACAUAGCAUAUCUCUUUUCCAUCCUUUUUUUCAAGUCAAAGCAUAGAGAUAGUUGGAACAAUCAUUAUGGAAGAACAGGUUUAUGCACGACAUUCAUGCAGGACAAAAUACUUGGCACAUGUGAAUACAUUAUUAACGGAUGUGCAGAAGACAUUUAUACAAAAAACUCCUUUUGGAUGGCUACUGUCCAUUAAUGUGGAAGCCAAAAUGAGUAGGACACUACUUAUAGAAUUGUGUAGUAGAUGGUCAGAGAGGAGGGGUGGGUUUGAAGUUAGGUCUGUCUUUAUUCCAUUCACCAAGUUAGACAUUUGCUUAGGUUUAGGUGUUAGGGUUAAUGGAGACAUGUUUAAGUUGUUUAAAGAGGAAGUUGAUUGUUAUAGUAGAAGAUUGUUUGAUACAAAUGAUGUAACUAUACAUCAUGUUUAUGAAGAGCUUCAAAAGCAUAUAAAAGGGGAUGAAGUGGCUGAUGUUUGUAGAUUGUAUUUGUUGCUAGGGUUGACUGAGUUUUUGUUUCCAAAUAGAGGUGGAAAAGUUCAUUUUGGUUUAUUUGAAUUAUUAGAUGAUUUUUCAUGUAUGGGAAAGUAUAACUGGGGGGGUGUUAUUUAUGAGUAUUUGGUUUCUAGUUUGUGUGAUGCUGCAUUGUGUGUAAGGAAGAGACAAAAAAGAUCACACUUUCAUGUGGUUGGUUGUGUAUUUGCAUUACAGAUGUGGGCAAUGGAACAUGUUUUAUUUGGUCAGAAGAAGUUGGCUAAAAGAAAAAGUUGUUUACCUAGAAUUCUUCAUUGGAUUCAUGUUAAGGUUGGUGAAGCAGAAGUUCAAAAAGCCUUUUUGUGUAAUGAAAUGAUUACUGAGGUAUAUGUAACCAACGAAGAGAUGGCAACUGAAAUUGUUAAAGAAGCCUUAGAUGGUCAUCAUAAUGCUUGAGUGAAGCAGAACUACGGAAGGAAAUCUUUAGCUGAUAUUGUUGCUGAAAAUGAAGCUCUGCGUGCUAUCAUUGGUGACCAAGAGGCAUCCAUUGUCGAGCUUGAGAAAUUAGUAGAGAAGCUUCAAAUGUUUGCUGCACAAAAGAGGCAACAGUCUGCUGAUGUUGGGAACUGUUAUUCAAAUAAAGAUUAUGACAUGGUAGUUGAUGGUUUUGGGACCACUAAUUCAGAGGAAGAUUAUGAGGUAUUUCUUUCAUCUGUUGGGAAGUCAAAUUCUAAGAAAGAAUUACAAAUGGAAGGUGAUGAUGUUGAGAAGUCGAAUUUUGAAAAGGUUUUUGACAUUACACCUGAUGCUGGUGGAAAAAGUGUCCAUGAAGAGAGUGGUGAUGUUUUAGGUGAUGAAGACAUGGAUAUUGAAAAAUCUAACAUGUACACGCGUUUAAAAGCUCAACCUAGGAAGCGUGUGAAAAGUUUAGCUUUGAAAACCCCUUGGACAAGGUUAGAUAGGAAAAAUGCGAGGCACUAAUCAAAUAAAGGGUAGGUGCGUUUCAUGGUUAAGCACUCACAUCUAUCCAUGGUUUCAGAUGAAGUCAGUAGUACAAGAACAUAUGUUUAAGAAAGGGAUUGCAUUUGUUUCUCUUUCUAAUUAUUUUCUUUUACUUGGUUGGGCGGAUGGGUUUUCAAAUAGAUUAUAUCAGUGAGUUUAGAUAAUUAGUAUAAAAGAUGUCGUUGAAGAUUGGAUAUUGUCUUUUCAGGUACAAUAUCUGUCACUUUAAUUUUCUUGUAUGUGCCAAAAUGAGUUCAUACUUGAUGGCUAUUUCCGAUUUAGGUGAGCAGGAGUGAGGCUUAACAGUGGGAGGAAAACAGGGAGGGGAGGGGGGAGGUGUCAUUCCAUUUCUUAUGUUUGGGUUUUGUUUUCUCAAACUGAAAUCAUUCUUCUAGUGGAUCUGCUUUUGAAUUUGGAAUAUUGUUCCAGUAUGAUGUCAAGUUUAUUCGUUAUAUGGACAAGAUGCCUCAGAUAAAAUCACUUAAAAAUGUAUUAAUCUGUGAAAGGAAAUACUGUCAUGCAUUUGACAUGUUGAUCGAUUGUAGGUGUUGGCGUACAUGUUUGACGUGAACAUGUCAACUCUGUUGAUUUGUUGUUGCUUGUUUCAUAAGCCAUUCAUAUUGACUUUUAUUUUCUUUGAUACUUUGCUAUCAGUGGUUUUAAACAUUCUGAUUUUCUUUUUGCUAUGAGUUCUUCUGACUUUAG